GAGGGUGAAAGCCAGGGAGGACUCGCCUUUUAAAGCCAUCUCUGCAACAGCUUCUCCUCGUUUUUCGCCCGUUUCUCCCCUCUGCUCAUUCAUUUUCCCCCACCUCUCGCGGAUCUUCUCAUUUGCGUCGUUCCUUCCUCCAUUUCUCUCCUCUCUUUUCUUAUUCUAUCGUUAUACCAUCCACCUCUUUCCUCGUGGUUCUCCAAAUCGUCUCUUCUUGCACGGCAAUCUCACAUUCAUCUUCCCCGUGAAGGAAGAAUUCAGAAAAUUUUAUGAGCACAAUUUUCAUGUGUAAUUGAGUGUUCCAAGCACGAGCUGUUGGCGAUCAAAACAAAAGGUUUUCAAAGCAAAAUGACUCAUUCUACGAAAAAUGUUGAUCCUGCAUUUCAAGGAGUUGGGCAAAAAUUAGGAAUGGAAAUAUGGAGGAUUGAGAACUUUCAACCGGUGGCUUUACCAAAGUCUGAUUAUGGUAAAUUUUACAUUGGAGAUUCAUACAUAAUUUUACAGACAACUUCAAACAAAGUUGGUGGCCAUCUUUAUGACAUCCAUUUUUGGAUUGGGAAAGAAUCUAGCAAAGAUGAAGCUGGGACCGCAGCAAUCAAAACUGUGGAACUUGAUGCAGUUCUUGGAGGCCGUGCUGUUCAACACCGGGAAAUCCAAGGAUUUGAGUCUGACAAAUUCUUGUCAUACUUUAAACCUUGCAUCAUUCCUUUGGAAGGAGGAUUUGCCUCUGGAUUUAAAACGCCUGAAGAGGAACACUUUGAAACACGACUCUAUAUAUGCAAAGGAAAACGGGUAGUCAGAAUGAAACAGGUUCCAUUUGCUCGAUCAUCAUUGAAUCAUGAUGAUGUGUUCAUCUUAGAUACUGAAAAUAAGAUAUAUCAGUUCAAUGGUGCCAACUCUAACAUUCAAGAAAGAGCUAAAGCUUUAGAAGUAGUACAAUAUUUGAAGGAUAAGUACCAUGAAGGAAAAUGUGAUGUUGCGAUUAUUGAUGAUGGAAAGCUCCAAACUGAGUCCGACUCUGGUGAGUUCUGGGUACUUUUUGGUGGUUUUGCUCCAAUUGGCAAAAAAGUACUACAUGAGGAUGAUGCUUUUCUAGAAACCACUCCUGGAAUUCUUUACAGUAUCAAUGAUGGCAAGUUGAAUUUGGAAGAGUCUGCACUUUCUAAGUCAAUUUUGGAGAACAAUAAAUGCUAUCUGCUGGAUUGUGGAGCUGAGAUAUUCACUUGGGUUGGCCGGAUGACACAAGUUGAAGAAAGAAAAGCUGCCUGCAAAGCUGCUGAGGACUUCAUCGUCAGUGAAAAUAGGCCAAAGGCUACAAGAAUUACUCAAAUUGUUCAAGGUUAUGAAACACAUUCAUUCAAAUCCAACUUUGAAUCAUGGCCUGCUGGAACAGGAACUUCUAGUAGUGAGGAAGGAAGAGGAAAAGUAGCAGCUUUGAUAAAGCAACAAGGUGUUGAUUUCAAGGGAGCAAAGGGCUCACACCCAAUAAAUGAGGAAAUUCCUCCUUUGCUUGAAGACGGUGGAAAACUUGAGGUUUGGCUUGUUCAUGGUGAUGGCAAGGAUCCAGUUCCAAAAGAAGAGAUCGGUAAAUUCUACAGUGGAGAUUGUUAUAUUGUGCUAUAUUCAUAUCAUUCUGGUGAAAAGAAAGAGGAAUACUUCUUGACUUGUUGGAUGGGAAAGGAUAGCACUCAGGACGAUCAGCUAAUGGCUCUACAACUGGCUACUAAAAUGUGGAUCUCCUUGAAAAGGAGACCAGUGCAGGGAUGCAUAUUUCAAGGGAAAGAGCCUCUACAAUUCAUCGCACUUUUCCAUCCCAUGGUUGUUUUGAAGGGUGGAGUCGGUUCGGGGUACAAAAGCUUAAUUUCAGAAAAAAACCUGAGUGAUGAAACUUAUGCUCCCGAUGGCAUUGCGCUGAUCCAAGUAUCUGGUACAUCAUCCCACAACCGUAAGGCAAUGCAAGUUGAUGCGGUGGCGACAUCCUUAAAUUCCUAUGAUUGUUUUGUUUUGCAAUCUGGGAAUACAGUUUUCACGUGGAAUGGAAGUUCAAGUACUCAUGAACAGCAACAGUGGGUUGAUCAGACAGCAGAAUUUUUGAAGCCAGGUGCUACACUGAAGCAUUGCAAAGAGGGAACAGAAAGCUCGGCUUUCUGGUUUGCUCUUGGUGGGAAGCAAAAUUUUUCCAGCAAAAAGAGCACUCAAGAUGUUGUUAGAGAUCCUCACUUGUAUACCUUUACAUUUAAGCAAGGAAAGUUAGAGGUUACUGAAGUUUUCAAUUUUUCACAAGAUGAUCUGUUAACUGAAGACAUGCUGAUAUUGGACACUCAUUCUGAGGUGUUUAUCUGGAUUGGACAGUCUGUGGAUUCCAUUGAGAAGCAAAAUGUAUUUGACAUAGGACAGAAAUACAUAGAGCUUGCAGUGGCAUUGGAAGGUUUAUCCCCAAUGGUACCACUCUAUAAAGUCACAGAAGCUAAUGAACCAGGCUUUUUCACAACAUAUUUCUUCUCUUGGGACCCUGCGAAGGCGAUGGUCCAAGGGAAUUCUUUCCAGAAGAAACUAUCAAAUCUGUUUGGGAUGCACGGUUCAGAGUCUAAAAAUAAAUCUGCUGGCAUCCAUCAUGAUGGACCAACUCAAAGGGCCUCAGCUCUGGCCGCACUUUCAUCUGCAUUCAAUCCAUCUUCAAAUCAAAAAGCCACAACAGCAAAGCCUUCUCGGCCAAGUCAAGGCUCACAGCGAGCAGCAGCAGUUGCUGCACUGUCUACAGUCUUAACCGAGGAACAGAAGAAGGCAGAAGCAGAGGCAUUGGCAACUGGAUUCAGAAGCCGUUCCCCUGAUUCUAUGGAUUCUCCAAAGACUGAAAGCGAAGGUUUGGAAUCAGAGCAUCCAGUAGAUCUUUCUGCUGACAAGGAAGCCAUGGAAGGCGAUGAUGCCCAACGAGAACAGAAUGAUGAAGAUUCCGAGGUGACACAAGAAGAAGCCGUGAUUACUGAAAACGUGGGUGAAUGCACAUUUAGCUACGAGAGUUUGAAGGUCAAUUCCAGCGAACCCAUCAGAGGGAUCAAUUACAAACAAAGAGAGGCUUACUUAGCUGAUGCUGAGUUUGAGACUAUUUUUGAAAUGACAAAAGAGGCAUUUUAUCAGCAACCAAAGUGGAAGCAGGAUCUACAGAAAAAGAAGGUGGGCCUUUUCUGAGCUUCUCCAUCCUGAAAUCACCACCAACUCAUCCAGCUCCUCCUGAUCCAUUCCUUGCUUGAUGAUCUGUUUUCUUCCUUUUGGUUUUCACUGCCACUUGGCUGUCUAUUUAUUUGUUUGGAAGUCAUCCUCAAGUCAUCCAAAGUUGGCUGAUAGUAUAUAGUUCUUCAAAAUACGAACUAUAUUUAAUUUGCUUGUGUAUUAUAUACUUAUUCAUAAUUAUUUAUAUAUAUAUCUAUAUAAA